AUGCUGCUGUCAUCCGUCAAAGCUCCAGGCUCCAUGUUGCAGACUGCAGGGUUCAAGCCACCAUCGACUCCAGAUGAUUCUCCCUGCACUAUGCUGCGGUCACCAGUCAAAGCUCCAGGCUCCAAGCAGCUGAUUCAAGACACCUGGCCAGGCUCCAAGCAGUUUACUUCAGACGCUUCUCCAGGCUCCACGCAGCUGACUCCUGAUGCCUCGCCAGGCUCCAAGCUGUUGACUUUAGACGCUUCUCCAGGCUCCAAGCAGCUCACGUCGGAUGCUUCUCCAGGGUCCAGGCAGCUGAUGCUAUGCUACAAGAAGGUGCCCCCAGAGAGUGCUCCAGUUUUCACCUCAGCGCCCCCAGUUGGUGCCCCAGGUUCUAUGUCGGUACCCCCAGUUUGUGCUUCAGUUCUCUCGUUAGCGCCCCCUGUUGGCGCUCCAGAAGUCAGACUGGUUGGUGGAGGUUCUCGUUGCUCUGGGAGAGUCGAGGUGCAUCAUGGGAAGACCUGGUACACAGUGUGUGAUGCUGACUUUGACCAGCAGGAUGCAGAGGUUGUGUGUCGAGAUCUCGGCUGUGGACUUCCUGUGGAGAUGCUGGGAGCUAAUACUUUUGGUAGAGGAGAACAUCAGGUGUGGACAGAGGAGCUUCAGUGUAGAGGAAACGAGUCUCAGAUUCACCUCUGUCCAACAUCAGCUACCAACCACACCUGCUCCCAUUCCAGUGAUGUGGGACUGGUGUGUGCUGGUGGCGUGAGGCUGGUGGAUGGUGGAAGUCGCUGUGCUGGGAGAGUGGAGGUUCUUCAUAGAGGACAGUGGGGAACAGUGUGUAGUGCAGGCUGGGACAUGGAUGAUGCUGCAGUGGUGUGUAGAGAGCUGGACUGUGGGGAGGCUGUAGCUGUGCUGGGUAAUGCUCACUUUGGACCAGGAUCAGGACCAAUCUGGAUGGAGAAUGUGACCUGUAGUGGAUCAGAAUCUACACUGAAGAACUGUUUAUCAGCAGGAUGGGGGAACCAUUACUGUGAUCAUCAUAAUGAUGCUUCAGUCAUGUGCUCAGGUAAACUACUGAUUGAUGGUCCUCAUCGGUGCUCUGGGAGAGUCGAGGUGCAUCAUGGGAAGACCUGGUACACAGUGUGUGAUGCGGACUUUGACCAGCAGGAUGCAGAGGUUGUGUGUCGAGAGCUGAACUGUGGACUUCCUGUGGAGGUGCUGGGAGCUGCUGCUUUUGGUAGAGGAGAACAUCAGGUGUGGACAGAGGAGCUUCAGUGUAGAGGAAACGAGUCUCAGAUUCACCUCUGUCCAACAUCACCUACCAACCACACCUGCUCCCAUUCCAGUGAUGUGGGACUGGUGUGUGCUGGUGGUGUGAGGCUGGUGGAUGGUGGAAGUCGCUGUGCUGGGAGAGUGGAGGUUCUUCAUGAUGGACGGUGGGGAACAGUGUGUGGUGAUGACUGGGAUCUGGACGAUGCUGCAGUGGUGUGUAGAGAGCUGGACUGUGGGGAGGCUGUAGCUGUGCUGGGUGAUGCUCACUUUGGACCAGGAUCAGGACCAAUCUGGAUGGAUGAUGUGGGCUGUACUGGAUCAGAAUCUACACUGAGGAACUGUAGAUCAACAGGUUGGGGGAUGAAUAACUGUGACCACAGUAAAGAUGCUGGAGUUAUGUGCUCAGAAGUCAGACUGGUUGGUGGAGGUCUGCGCUGCUCCGGGAGAGUCGAGGUGCAUCAUGGGAAGACCUGGUACACAGUGUGUGAUGCUGACUUUGACCAGCAGGAUGCAGAGGUUGUGUGUCGAGAGCUGGGCUGUGGACUUCCUGUGGAGGUGCUGGGAGCUGCUGCUUUUAGUAGAGGAGAACAUCAGGUGUGGACAGAGGAGCUUCAGUGUAGAGGAAACGAGUCUAAGAUUCACCUCUGUCCAACAUCACCUACCAGCCACACCUGCUCCCAUUCCAGUGAUGUGGGACUGGUGUGUGCUGGACGUGUGAGGCUGGUGGAUGGUUCUCGUUGCUCUGGGAGAGUGGAGGUGCAUCAUGGGAAGACCUGGUACACAGUGUGUGAUGCUGACUUUGACCAGCAGGAUGCAGAGGUUGUGUGUCGAGAGCUGGGCUGUGGACUUCCUGUGGAGGUGCUUGGAGCUGCUGCUUCUGGUAGAGGAGAACAUCAGGUGUGGACAGAGGAGCUUCAGUGUAGAGGAAACGAGUCUCAGAUUCACCUCUGUCCAACAUCACCUACCAACUACACCUGCUCCCAUUCCAGUGAUGUGGGAUUAGUGUGUGCUGGAAGUGUGAGGCUGGUGGAUGGUGGAAGUCGCUGUGCUGGGAGAGUGGAGGUUGUUCAUGCUGGACAGUGGGGAACAGUGUGUGAAACAGGUCAAUGGGGCAUUAGAGAAGCUGCAGUGGUGUGUAGAGAGCUGGACUGUGGAGAGGCUGUAGAUGCACUGGGUAACGCUCACUUUGGACCAGGAUCAGGACCAAUCUGGAUGAAUAAUGUGGUCUGUAGUGGAUUAGAGUCUGCACUGAAAAGUUGUGUAUCACAGAGUUUGGAACAAUACCCCUGUCAGCAUAAUCACGACACUGGAGUAAUCUGCUCAGAACACAGAAAGUCCCGGCUUGUUGAUGGUUCUCACCGAUGCUCCGGGAGAGUCGAGGUGGUUCUUGGGAAGACCUGGACCACAGUGUGUGAUGCUGACUUUGACCAGCAGGAUGCAGAGGUUGUGUGUCGAGAGCUGGACUGUGGACUUCCUGUGGAGGUGCUGGGAGCUGCUGCUUUUGGUAGAGGAGAACAUCAGGUGUGGACAGAGGAGCUUCAGUGUAGAGGAAACGAGUCUCAGAUUCACCUCUGUCCAACAUCACCUACCAACCACACCUGCUCCCAUUCCAGUGAUGUGGGAUUAAUCUGUUCUGGUCACACUGAGGCUCGGCUGGUGGACGGUCCAGACUCCUGUUCUGGUCGAGUGGAGCUCCAGUACCUCAGUGAUUGGGGAACAGUUUGUGCUGGAAGCUGGAACAUGAAAGCUGCCAGUGUCCUCUGUGCCCAUCUGAAUUGUGGGAGUGCUGUGGCUGUCCUGGAGGCCGACCGGUUUGGGGAGGGGAGCGUCCAGAUCUGGUCUGAUGUGUUUGAUUGUAAGGGAAACGAGACCCACUUGUCCAAAUGUCCAGUCUCAUCAUGGAGUCGAGCUGCAUGCUCUCAUAAACAGGAUGCUGGAGUUAUCUGUACUGGUUCUUCUCUGGCGUUUCAUGAUGGACGAGUGAGGUUAACAGGAGGAAGUGAGUGUCAGGGGGAGGUGGAGGUUUAUUUUGGACAGGACUGGAGGAAGGUUCUCCUGGACUCCUGGAGUCUGGCUGAGUCCUCUGUGCUCUGCAGACAGCUGAGCUGUGGGUCUGUGCUGAACUUCAGCUCCUCUCCAUCCACUACUGAACACAACCACACAUGUGGAACAGCUUUCAAUUGCUCUGUAAGUGAAGAACAUCUGGGGAACUGCAGCAGUGCAAAACCUGCUAACUGCAGCUCCAGAGAACUGCUGUCCAUCACCUGCUCUGGUAAAUAUAACCAAGGUCAAAGGUCCAUCAAGCUGGUUGGUUCUGGUGGAGACUGUGCAGGAAGGCUGGAGGUUUUCCACAGUGGUUCAUGGGGAACAGUGUGUGGUGACUUGUGGGAUAUUAAAGAUGCCCAGGUGGUUUGCAGAGAACUACAGUGUGGUGUGGCCCUCAGUACCCACAUACCAGCCUGGUUUGGUCCUGGAACUGGGUCCAUAUUGCUGAAUAAGGUGGAGUGUGAGGGGAACGAGACGUCCCUGUGGAACUGCAGAUUUAAGGUCUGUGAGGAGAAUGAAUGUGGACACCAAGAGGACGUCGGGGUGGUGUGUUCAGAAUUUAAAGAAAUCAGACUCACUGGGGGGUGUGAGGGGAAUCUGGAGGUUUUUUACAAUGGAACCUGGGGUAAUGUGUGUUUCAAUGGGAUGGACGAUGGUACAGCGGGUGUAAUCUGUCGAGAGCUGAACUGUGGAAGAACUGGAAGUUUAUCUUUAACAAAAGCAAGACUGGAAUCUGCUCCUAACUGGCUGGAUCAUGUAAAAUGUAGGAAACAUGAUUCCACUCUGCUUCAUUGUCCAUCUUCACCAUGGGGACAGAACGAGUGUGAUAGUAGCGCUGAGGUGGCUCACAUUAAAUGUUCAGGUAGGUCGAAUGAUGGAAAAUCUGUACGUACUCAUGGAUCAUGUCUUCCAUCUUCCCACCUGAGAUAUUGCUCCAAUCACCUGCCUCUCAGGCUGAUUGAAGGAAAGGGAAGCUGCUCUGGAAGGCUGGAGGUUUAUUAUGAUGCUACAUGGGGAAGCGUUUGUGAUGAUCAGUGGGACAUCAGAGAUGCUCAGGUGGUCUGCAGGCAGCUGGGCUGUGGUGGAGCACUGAGUGCUGAUAGGAACGCUACCUUUGGUGCUGGUGAAGGAACCAUCUGGCUGAACAGAGUGAAGUGUAGAGGAGACGAGAUUCACCUGUGGAACUGUCAUCAUUCCCUGAAGUACCAGACAGACUGCACCCACAAACAGGAUGCUGGAGUCACAUGUGCAGAGAUAUCAGCAUCCUCUACUACUACACCCACAACAACCACCAUCAUCACUGAAGCAGUGACACAAACAAUGAAAAGAACAGCCAAUCCAGAACCUCCAUCAGCAGCUGCUCUAUCCACCCCUCCACUGGCCCUGAUCCUGCUGGGAACGCUGCUCUUCCUGGCCUUAGUGCUUCUGGUUGUGAUGUUUUUCCAGAACAGAGGACUCAGGAGAGGUCUCUAUAAUAAGGAUAAGUCUGUGUCUGAGCCGGUCUAUGAGGAUCUAGAUCACCGAUACCCGACUAGACAAAACACUGAAAGAGGUAACUAUUUAAUGUCUACAAAGCAGAAAAGCGGGUAUAAACAUAUUGAAGCACAAUUCUCAACAGGAAGUCUCCUCUCUGAAUCACAGCAUUCUGGGUAUGAAGAUGUGGAUGAGGAGCUUCUCUCAGUAAAAUCUGGGUUUGAAGAUAAAGCCGAGUAUUAUGAUGAUGCCGUCACAACUAAUGACCUGAUAAGUGAUACGAGGAGAGUGGACACACCAGAGGACUAUGAUGAUGUGAUGACUGCUGGACUGAUCCCUGAUAACGUAGCCGAGGACGAAGCUGAGAAUUAUGAUGACGCCAUUACAGCUGAUCAGAAGUCCCAGAUCAUGACAGAAGAAACACCACCAGAGGACCAUGAUGAUGCUGUUACCAUGGAAACAAAGCCAAACUUGAUAACAGAGGAAUCAGAGGACUAUGAUGAUGUGAUGGGUGCUGAACAGGAAGUAGGAGGUGCAGAAGAUUAUGAUGACGUGGAGGAGGAGCCUCAGAGAGACCCAGACCAUGUGACCCAGAGACGCCGCCCAAUGUCUUUGUUCAGGAAAUGACAUCAUAACAUCUCUAACCUCAGGAAAUGAUUUUCUAACAGCUUCAGCUCCUGAUAUUUUAUUCAGCUGAAUAUUUGUUGAUCUCAGUGUUGAACGUUUCAGUCGAGCACGGGGGGUAAAAACUUCCCCAAAUUUUAUUUUACAU